UUUUGCUCUGGUUCAAGUUUCCCAAGUAAUAUAAAUAUAGGGGGAUUGUUCCCAAACGGCUCCCACGAAUAUGAGGUUUUUCGGUUUGCACUCUCUCAUCACCAGGAUAUCCCCAAACUGGUACCACAAGUGGACAUGGUCGACACAGCAAGCAGCUUUGCUAUGACAUAUGCAUUUUGUUCACAGUUUUCCAAAGGAGUCUAUGCCAUCAUUGGAUUGUAUGACAGGAAGACCAUGAACAUGCUCAUGUCGUUCUGUGGGGCUCUCCACGUCUGCUUUGUGACACCCAGUUUCCCCAUAGAAACCAACAACCAGUUUGUGAUCCAGCUGAGACCGGAGCUUCAGGAGCCCCUCAUCGCCCUGAUUCAUCACUACAAAUGGACCAAGUUUGUCUACAUGUAUAGCUCUCAUUCAGGCCUGACAGUGCUGCAGAAGAUUCUGGAUACGGCAGCAGAGAAGACGUGGCAGGUGACAUCAGUGAACCUGGACAGUGGUAUGGAUCAGGUGGCCUUCCUGAAGGUGGUUCAGGACCUAGAGAAGAAGAAGGAGUACAACAUCAUCCUGGACUGUGAGCUGGAGAGACUCAACUUGAUCCUCAACCUGAUCGCUGCUCAGAAGAAGAACCUAAAAAAUUACCACUACAUAUUGGCAAACCUGGGAUUUUUGGACAUGAACUUCACUGAGUUCCAGAAGAGUGGUGCCAACAUCACCGGGUUCCAACUAAUGAACUACUCAGACGAAAAUGUCAACAAGGCCAUAGAGGAGUGGGUGGACUUUGACAGCAAAGACCUUAAGCUACCCAAGAGAAGACUGAAGUACACAGGAGCCCUCACAUACGACGGAGUGAGCGUCAUGGCAACAGCCUUUCAGAACCUCCGGAAGCAACGUAUUGACAUCUCCCGGCGAGGCAACGCUGGCGAGUGUCUGGCCAACCCACCAGCUCCCUGGGGCCAGGGUAUCGACAUCCAGAGAGCCUUACAGCAGGUUCGAAUUGAGGGCUUGACUGGCCAUGUCCAGUUCAACGAGAAAGGCCAUCGGACCAACUACACGGUCAGCGUCAUGGAGCUGAGCCCGAGUGGACCGCUGAAGGUGGGCUACUGGAAUGAGAAUGAGAACUAUGUGAACACAGCGGUAUACACACCGGUGGUUGAAGAAUUCUUCGGACUGCAAAACAGGACCUACAUAGUGACCAGUAUCCUUGAAUCUCCAUAUGUGAUGCUGAAGAAGAAUCAUGAGCAGCUGGUGGGGAACGAUAAGUAUGAGGGCUAUUGUGUGGAGCUGGCCGCGGAGAUCGCCAAGCAUGUGGGCUAUACUUAUAAACUGGAGAUCGUAGGGGAUGGCAAGUACGGAGCCAGAGACGCUGAGUCCAAGAUGUGGAACGGGAUGGUGGGCGAGCUCGUUUAUGGGAAAGCAGAUGUAGCAGUAGCGCCGUUGACCAUCACCCUGGUGAGAGAGGAGGUGAUCGAUUUCUCCAAGCCCUUCAUGUCCCUGGGCAUCUCCAUCAUGAUCAAGAAGCCCACCAAGUCAAAACCUGGAGUCUUCUCCUUCCUCGACCCACUGGCCUACGAGAUCUGGAUGUGCAUCGUGUUUGCCUACAUCGGUGUGAGCGUGGUUCUCUUCCUGGUCAGCCGCUUCAGCCCGUACGAGUGGCAGGGGGACGACUCAGAGGGAGAGGAGGGCCAAGAGCAGCAGCAGAGACAGCAGUCUGAGGGGCACACCAAUGAGUUUGGGAUAUUCAACAGCUUGUGGUUCUCGCUGGGUGCCUUCAUGCAGCAGGGCUGUGACAUCUCGCCAAGGUCCCUCUCUGGUCGCAUUGUAGGGGGAGUGUGGUGGUUCUUCACCCUCAUCAUCAUCUCCUCCUACACGGCCAACCUGGCUGCCUUCCUCACCGUGGAGAGGAUGGUGUCGCCCAUAGAGAGUGCUGAGGACCUGGCCAAGCAGACAGAGAUUGCCUAUGGUACUCUAGACGGAGGCUCCACCAAAGAGUUCUUCAGGAGAUCGAAAAUAGCCGUAUUUGAGAAGAUGUGGUCGUACAUGAAGUCUGCUGACCCGUCAGUGUUCGUGAAGACCACAGACGAGGGCGUGGUGCGAGUCAGGAAGUCCAAAGGGAGGUACGCCUACCUGCUGGAGUCCACCAUGAACGAGUACAUCGAGCAGAGAAAACCCUGUGACACCAUGAAGGUCGGGGGGAACCUGGACUCCAAGGGUUACGGAGUAGCCACGCCCAAGGGAUCAGCACUAAGAAUCCCCGUAAACCUAGCGGUGUUGAAACUCAAUGAGCAAGCCAUCUUAGACAAACUGAAAAACAAAUGGUGGUACGAUAAGGGAGAGUGUGGAAGCAAGGACUCCGGAAGAAAGGACAAGACCAGCGCCCUGAGCCUCAGCAAUGUGGCUGGGGUGUUCUACAUCCUGAUUGGAGGGCUGGGGCUGGCCAUGCUCGUGGCCUUGGUCGAGUUCUGUUACAAGUCCAGGAUCGAGUCGAGGAGGAUGAAGUCCCUGUGUUAUCCCAUGCAGCAAAUCAUCGAUGCAGCCAUGCUGAGUUCCACCCUGAGCCGGAUGACCAGGACAGGGAGCGGCGGCGAGAAUGGACGAGUGGUCGCCCAUGACUUCCCCAAAGCGUCACAGACUCUCCCCUGCAUGAGCCAGGCCGCGGGCAUGUGA